GGUUUAUUAAUGCUGUAAUGUUGCUAGCAUUAUGCCAGAUGGUACGAAUGACCGAAAAUUUCGCUGCCUUUAUGGUACGACACACGCAUCGCUUGUCACAAAAUUCAUUGUUGCGUACAUUGCGAUUGAAUGCAUUCUACUGAUGCAACUGCCACUUCCACCAUAUACGUUUAUCAUCUCUCUAUUCGGGUUCGCUAUCUGUACAUGCACUGUGAUUGCGAUAAUUAUCAGAAGUUCACGCCUAUUGAUGCCUUUGUACUUUUUUGUUGUCGGUUCCAUAUUUUUCUUGUUUUUUCUCGGUGGUUAUUAUUUCUAUGUGAAUAUUUUUCAUAAGGAUAUUGUUAUAGCAGCAUUUGGUGAAAAAUUCGACGAAUAUUCAUGGAUUGCUCACUUAUUGGAUGUGUUACUGUUGAUGUUACAUUAUUGGCAGCUUGGUGUCAUUUCAAAAUGUCGACGUUUUUAUCAAUACAUACGUGUAGAAGACAAACAGCCACUGGAACUCCAAUUACGAAGUGAAACUAAGGAGGAGUUUGCCUGAUACAAACUAUAAAAUAAAGAUUUGCGCCAGAUCUUAUUCCCAAG